AAAUUAGAAAAUAACAAGAAAAAAUAUUUUAAAUGAUGUAUUUAAUAGUGAAAUAAUUGUGAAAGAUUGUGUAGAAUUAAGUAAAGCUUAGCUGGUAAGUAGAUGGCCAAGCAAAGGCCAUAAAUCCUUGUGGGUGGUUGGUGUGGAAAGUUGGAAAGGCUUUUAAUGGGUUUGCAAGGCAAAAGAAUAAUGAAAAGUGCCAUAAAAAAAGGAAUGGAAAUUGCAAUAUAAUUGCUCUGCACGUGAACUUCAAUUAUUCGAGACGCUUCACCUUCGCCCCAUAUAAAACCUUGCAGUAGUAUACUUAGCCACACGCACACGCCCCACAACCCACACACACCAGCCAGUGGUGUAUCCUUGUGUCUUGCCAUUGGAGACCUUGGGCAAGUCAGUUAGAGACAUUAACAUGUAAAAUGACCAGGACUUCUGCGCAUUUCAUUCUAAUUUUCUGUAGUCCACCAUUAAGCAUUCAACAUGCAACUCAACAUGAAGUUGCUAUUGCCAUUGUUGCUGCUGUUAGUGCUCCUGAUCAGGGUAAGGGUUUGGGCUAGAACCGCCAAACGAUCUGAUGUCUAUAUAGCUGGGUUCUUUCCCUACGGCGAUGGUGUCGAAAAUUCCUAUACGGGACGCGGUGUUAUGCCGAGUGUUAAAUUGGCUUUGGGACAUGUCAAUGAGCAUCCACGUAUCCUGACCAAUUACAGGCUUCACAUGUGGUGGAAUGACACUCAGUGCAAUGCGGCUGUGGGAGUGAAAUCCUUCUUCGACAUGAUGCACUCUGGACCCAAUAAAGUAAUGCUCUUUGGAGCCGCCUGUACUCAUGUCACUGAUCCCAUAGCCAAGGCUAGCAAACACUGGCAUUUGACGCAACUGAGUUACGCGGAUACACAUCCCAUGUUUACCAAGGAUGCCUUUCCCAAUUUCUUUCGGGUGGUGCCCUCGGAGAAUGCGUUUAAUGCUCCCCGUUUGGCUUUGCUCAAGGAGUUUAAUUGGACACGUGUGGGCACAGUGUAUCAAAAUGAACCCAGAUAUUCACUUCCUCAUAAUCAUAUGGUCGCUGAUCUGGAUGCCAUGGAGGUGGAAGUGGUGGAGACUCAAAGUUUUGUAAACGAUGUGGCUGAAUCGUUGAAAAAGUUACGUGAGAAAGAUGUGCGCAUCAUAAUGGGCAACUUCAAUGAGCAUUUUGCCCGAAAAGUCUUCUGCGAGGCCUACAAAUUGGAUAUGUAUGGGCGGGCCUAUCAGUGGCUUAUCAUGGCCACAUACUCUACAGAAUGGUGGAACAAAACGCUGGACAGUGAAUGCAGUGUGGAGGAAAUCUCUACAGCAUUAGAGGGGGCCAUCCUGGUGGAUCUUCUGCCAUUGUCCACCAGUGGCGACAUUACAGUGGCAGGCAUUACGGCGGAUGAGUAUCUCGUGGAAUAUGAUAGACUACGCGGCACUGAAUAUUCUCGUUUUCAUGGCUACACUUAUGAUGGCAUUUGGGCGGCAGCAUUGGCAAUUCAAUAUGUGGCCGAGAAACGUGAGGAUUUGUUGACACACUUUGAUUAUCGUGUCAAGGAUUGGGAGAGCGUCUUUCUCGAAGCCUUGCGUAAUACAUCCUUUGAAGGUGUUACGGGUCCUGUGCGUUUUUACAACAACGAACGCAAAGCCAAUAUACUGAUUAAUCAAUUUCAAAUUGGACAAAUGGAGAAAAUCGGUGAAUAUCAUUCACAGCAAGCUCAUCUCGACUUGAGCUUGGGUAAACCAGUUCGUUGGGUAGGCAAAACACCGCCCAAGGAUCGUACUCUGAUCUACAUAGAGCAUAGUCAGGUGAAUCCCACAAUCUAUAUAGUAUCGGCCAGUGCUUCGGUCAUUGGUGUCAUCAUUGCGACAGUUUUUCUGGCAUUCAAUAUAAAAUAUCGUAAUCAGAGGUAUAUCAAAAUGUCGAGUCCCCAUCUAAACAAUCUAAUCAUCAUUGGUUGCAUGUUGACCUACUUGAGCAUUAUAUUCCUCGGCUUGGACACCACAUUGAGCAGUGUGGCUGCCUUUCCCUAUAUAUGCACAGCACGUGCUUGGAUCUUAAUGGCAGGAUUCAGUCUCAGUUUUGGGGCAAUGUUCUCAAAGACUUGGCGCGUGCACUCCAUAUUCACAGACCUCAAGCUUAAUAAAAAAGUCAUCAAGGAUUACCAAUUGUUCAUGGUUGUGGGCGUUUUGUUGUUCAUUGACAUUGCCAUCAUAACAACAUGGCAGAUAGCAGAUCCAUUCUAUCGUGAGACAAAGCAACUUGAACCCUUGCAUCAUGAGAAUAUUGACGAUGUAUUGGUAAUACCUGAAAAUGAGUAUUGCCAAUCGGAGCAUAUGACGAUAUUUGUUAGCAUUAUCUAUGCCUACAAGGGCUUGUUAUUGGUCUUUGGUGCCUUUUUGGCCUGGGAAACACGUCAUGUCUCCAUACCGGCUCUAAAUGAUUCCAAGCAUAUUGGUUUCUCGGUUUAUAAUGUAUUCAUCACCUGCCUAGCUGGUGCGGCUAUAUCGUUGGUUCUAUCGGAUCGCAAGGACUUAGUUUUUGUCUUACUCUCGUUUUUUAUAAUUUUUUGUACGACAGCAACUUUGUGUUUGGUGUUCGUACCGAAAGUAAGACUGGUAUUGGUCGAAUUGAAACGCAAUCCGCAAGGAGUUGUCGACAAAAGGGUACGUGCCACUCUUCGCCCCAUGUCCAAGAAUCGGCGUGAUUCAUCAGUCUGUGAGCUGGAGCAACGUUUGCGAGAUGUCAAGAAUACUAAUUGUCGCUUCCGCAAAGCAUUGAUGGAGAAAGAGAACGAAUUGCAGGCCUUGAUACGCAAACUCGGACCCGAGGCACGUAAAUGGAUCGAUGGUGUUAGCUGUACGAGCACCUCAAAUGCUGGCGGGGAACUGGAACCCAUAUUGACUGAAGAUAUAACAAGGCUAUCGGCGCCGCCAGUACGACGAGAAAUGCCAAGCACCACAGUUACCGAGCUGACAUCUGUGGAUAGUGUUACCUCCACACAUGUAGAGAUGGAUAAUUCCUUUAUAUCUGUACAGUCUACAGCGGUGGCUCCUUCACUUCCACCAAAAAAGAAAAAACAAUCAAUUGUGGAACAUCAUUCUCAUGCACCAGUUGCAUCUAAUAUUGCUGCUGUAGCCGCCCCAACAACAAUAAUGCAGCCCAUACAGCAGCAGUUGCAACAGCAACUACAACAGCAGCAGCAAAUGCAACAGCAACAUCAACAACAGCAGCAACACUAUCGACAUUUAGAGAAAAGGAAUUCGGUAUCGGCUCAAACAGAUGAUAAUAUUGGCAACAUCACCAGCACUGUGGGUAAACGAAGCACAGGAGAUUGUAGCACCCUAAGAGAACGCCGACAAUCGACAGCCUCUAGACAUUAUGAUAGUGGAAGCCAGACACCAACAGCCAGACCAAAAUAUGCAACGACACAUCGCAAUUCUUCUACAAAUAUUUCCACUUCCCAGUCAGAGUUGAGCAAUGUGUGUCCACAUACCAAAACCAGUACGCCCGGUGUGAUUAAGACUCCUACUGCCUCGGAUCAUCGACGAACUAGCAUGGGUUCGGCCUUGAAAUCCAACUUUGUUGUCUCGCAGAGUGAUCUCUGGGACACACACACAUUAUCGCACGCCAAGCGUCAGUCACCGCGUAACUAUUCGAGUCCACAGCGUUGCACGGAACAUCAUGGACAUGUGAUGACCUAUGAUCCGAAUACCACAUCGCCAAUCCAGCGAUCGGUGUCGGAGAAGAACCGCAACAAGCACCGGCCCAAGCCACAAAAGGGCACAGUUUGCCAAAGUGAGACGGAUAGCGAACGGGAACGUGAUCCGCCCUCCGCCACCCAACCAUGCCAGCCGCGUAAACUAAAUCGAAACUCCAACAUCCAACAUGCAGCGCAUCAUCACAGUUCGCCGAAUGUGGCCCCAGAUAAACAACGAAAGCAUCGCAAUAAAACCGACAGUUCCAUUUAUGGGGCCAGCUCCGAGACGGAGCUGAUCGAGGGUGAGACAGCCAUACUGCCCAUAUUCCGUAAGCUGCUCACCGAGAAGAGUCCCAACUAUCGAGGACGCAGUGUUGUCGGUCAGAGCUGUCCAAAUAUAUCCAUCAAAUGCGACAUUGUUGAGUACUUGUAAGCACCCCGCUCGCUCCACUAUGCAUUUAUGGAUUAUGGAUAUAGCUCUUUUGCUCUUUAGUUCUAAUUAGUAAUUGUAAUGAUGAUGAUUCCCUAUGUUCUCCUGUAACUACUUACUAAACGAACACACCAUUUAGUGAAUUAUUAGCAAUAACAUUGAUCAGAUAGUUGAGAAAUAAAACAAAAUCAAUUGAUAAACAAACAAAA